AUGCACUUGUCAGCUGAAUGUCUCGAAGAUCUUAGAUACGUUGCCUUUUGGGAGCAAUCGGAGGAACCUUCACUUAAGAGUUUCUUAAAUUUCCGAUUACACGCACAAGAUUUGGAAGAUAAGGCGACAGAGCAUAACCGGUACAAAAAUAAACUGAAGGCUAUAAAAAAGUAUUAUGACAAAACAUCUGACGUCAGGCAGAAAAAUGAUAAGAAGUCGAAACAGACAAAUCAUUUUUGGGAUCUACAGGAGAGGCAAAAUAUUUCUGCAGAGAUAAAGCAACGAGGUGUUUUACUGCAAAAAGAAGUUACGAAAAAGAUUAAAAACCGCGUAACUGGGCAUAAGCGAGCUCGUGAAGAUAAGCCACCCAACCCACUAAAAAAGAGAAAUUUAUCAAUAAAAAAGAAUGGACCAAUCAAAUUGAGCAAGGAACACCGACAAAAAAUCGAGCAGACAUAUAAUGAUAUGAAUCGAGAGAGAAUGUGGAAACUCUCAACGGAAAAAUAUGUCGAGGAAGAAUUAUUCAAAUUAGGCCAGAAGUUGAAUUUUGAGCA